AUGGAUUGCGCUUUAGAUAUAAUGAGGCGUUUGCCUCCACAACAAAUAGAAAAAAAUUUAAGCGAUUUGAUUGAUUUGGUUCCGAGUCUUUGCGAAGAUUUAUUAUCCUCUGUUGAUCAGCCAUUGAAAAUAGCAAGAGACAAAGAAGUUGGUAAAGAUUAUUUGUUGUGUGAUUACAAUAGAGAUGGAGAUUCAUACAGAUCUCCAUGGAGUAAUACUUAUGAUCCUCCUCUUGAGGAUGGUUCAAUGCCGACAGAAAGGUUAAGAAAAUUAGAAAUAGAUGCCAAUCUUGCAUUUCAUCAGUAUAAAGAAAUGUAUUUCGAAGGUGGUGUUUCAUCAGUAUAUUUAUGGGAUUUGGAUCAUGGAUUUGCAGGGGUGAUAUUAAUUAAAAAAGCUGGAGAUGGUUCAAAUAAAAUAAAGGGAUGUUGGGAUUCAAUACAUGUAGUCGAAGUACAAGAAAAAUCGACAGGAAGAAAUGCACACUAUAAGUUAACGUCAACGGCAAUGUUAUGGCUUCAAACUAAUAAACCAGGUUCAGGUACAAUGAAUUUGGGAGGAAGUCUCACAAGACAAACCGAAUUAGAUUCAAGUGUUACUGAAUCUUCUCCUCACAUAGCCAAUAUCGGAAGAAUGGUUGAAGAUAUGGAAAAUAAAAUAAGACAUACAUUAAAUGAAAUUUACUUUGGAAAAACUAAAGACAUUGUUAACGGUUUAAGGAGCGUUCAAUUAUUAGCAGAUCAACGACAGCAAGUUGCUUUAAGACAAGAUUUAGCAGCAGCAUUACAAAAACGACAGGGUCAAGGCAAACAAGAGUGA